AUGAGUAUGGAGAAGCUUGCUGCAGAGCUCAGUCGGUGGCAAAAUGUAACCACUGCUGGUGGUAACCCUAAUUCUUGUGCUGGGAACUGCAGUGACGCUGGUAGCCGUGGCAACGCUGGUAACCAAAGCGAAGUGGAUAACCAAAGUGUUGGUGGUAACCACAGCGGCAGUGGUAACCAGAGUGGUGGUGGCAAUCGCGAGCAGUCGCUGGUGGCGUUGGCGACGGUCGUUGCAGCAGUGGCGAUUGCGGCUCAGAAUAAGCAGAAGCAAGAGGAGGAGAUUCGGCUGCAGCAGCAGCGGCAGCAUGAGGAGGAGAGGGAGAGACUUUUGGGCCUGCUGAAGAAAUAUCAGGUGCUGCUGCAGCAGAAGGAAGGGGGUCGGCAGGAGGAGAAGCAGCAGCAGCAGCAGCAGAUUCAAAACGCGAAGAGCAUUGCCUCUGGUGCCCCAACUGCUCCUGUUGCACUUGCUGGCCCUACUGCCCCUGCUCCCCCUACCCCUGCACCUUCCGCUGCCCCUACUGCCGCCCCUCCUUCUGCCCCUACUGCCGCCCCUCCUGCUGCCCCUCCUGUUGCCACUCCUGCUGUCACUACUGCUCCCACCACUGCCACGGAUCCCAACGCUGCCAGCAUCAGCCUCCUCCUGAAGCUGCUAUCUGAGAAGCUGCAAGGCCAGGUGCUCCUGCUGUUCCCCCUGCCUCCCUUCCAACCCCACCCACCGGUCCGGUUGUCUCCCUUCACGCGCUGCUAA